AUGGGUGGAUAUUCACUCAUUCCGACACCUAGCUCCACUCAAGGAGAAGACCCGCCAAAUUCAACCACGGGUUUUCUCUCCUGUUCCUGCAAGACAGGAUCUACAUUAACUCCACCAAAACACACCACCUCCACCACAGUCCCCUUCAUUUCUUUCCUCCUGGCCAUCACCACCUGCUUAUCUCUUUCCGUAGCCGCCGCGGCCUUGCCACCUCAUUCUCAUCAACUAAUUAAAAACUCCGAACACAUUGCUAAAUUUUCUCGUCCACUCACCAAACUCAAACACCCAGUUGUUAUCUUGAUCUCAUCUGAUGGGUUUCGAUUCGGAUACCAAUUCAAAACCGAUACCCCAAAUAUCGAUAACUUGAUUAAGAAUGGAACCGAAGCCGAAGAGGGUUUGAUUCCAGUUUUUCCAUCUGCAACAUUCCCAAACCAUUACUCCAUUGUCACUGGUUUACACCCUGCUUAUCAUGGAAUUAUCAACAAUCGUUUUUUCGACCCCAAAUUAAACGAGACUUUCACACGCCCCACUGGGAGUAAUGUGUCCAAGUGGUGGUUUGGUGAGCCACUGUGGGAGACUGUGGUGAACCAUGGUUUCAAUGCUUCAACAUAUUUUUGGCCUGGUUCUGUGGCAAGUAAAGGUAAAUGGACUUGCCAAGAGUACUUCUGCAAGCAGUUUAACGAAUCUGUACCGUUUGAAGAGCGAGUGGAUGGUGUGCUGAACUACUUUGAUAUGCCAAAUAGUGAAAUACCUGUCCUCAUGACUUUGUAUUUCCAGGAUCCAGAUGCUCAGGGUCACGAAGUUGGACCCGAUGAUCCGGAAAUCACAGAAGCUGUUGGUAGGAUUGAUAGUAUGAUUGGAAGGUUGAUCCAAGGUCUGAAAAAAAGAGGGGUCUUUGAAGAUGUUCAUAUAGUUUUGGUUGGUGACCAUGGCAUGGUGGGUACGUGUGAUAAAAAGUUGAUCUUUCUUGAUGAUUUGGCACCAUGGAUUAAAAUUUCAAGCAAUUGGGUUGAGGCAGAUAAAGCACAGCUGGGUAUUCGCCCGCCUGCCGGUUAUUCACCGGCAGAUGUGGUGGCGAAGAUGACUAAGGGAUUGAAAGAAAUAAAUAAUGGGAAGCAUUUGAAAGUUUAUCUAAAGGAGAAGCUGCCUAAGAGGCUACAUUAUGUGGCAAGUGAUAGAAUUUCGCCGAUAAUCGGGUUGGUGGACGAGGGGUUUACCGUGACACAAUCGAGACCGGGUGGGGAAAAGUAUUGUGGAGGAGCACAUGGGUAUGACAACAAGUAUUUCUCAAUGAGAUCAAUAUUCAUCGGCCAUGGUCCUAGGUUUGCUAGGGGCAAGAAGGUCAUCUCGUUUCAGAAUGUUGAGAUUUACAACAUAGUUACAUCAAUCCUCAAAAUAAAGGGUGCUCCCAAUAAUGGCACAAAAGGGUUCCCCACUAAAAUUCUCCUCCCUAAGCACUAAUAUCGGAGUGAGAAGUGAAGGUUUCAGCUGCAAUAGGAUGGGAGAAGUGAAGGCAUGCAUAUCAUUAGCUGAAACAAAUUAGUAUUGUGUUUUCUAAUAAGUGAGUUUUUUGAUGUGGCAUUGUGGCGUAAUGGUAUGGUCUCUAUGUUCUUGGUUCCAUGUAUUUAAAG